GUUUAGAGUGGAGGAUUGUGGGUAAAUUUUGCGAAAACGAGCUGAGUUAAUCAUGGACCAACGUAAACACCUGUAAGCUGUGGACAGGACGGAAUUGUCACCACAUCAGAAGAUGGAGACCGUUAACCCUCAGCCAGACGCCCAAAAUGGGGGAGGCACAGUUACGCAUGAAUUGGUUAACGUUAACAUGGAAGGACAAGACAAAGUUGGAAUGAAAGAUUUUGAGCUUUUAAAAGUGUUAGGAACUGGUGCAUAUGGUAAAGUUUUCUUGGUGAGAAAGACCACAGGCAAAGAUCAAGGAAAACUGUAUGCCAUGAAAGUCCUAAAGAAGGCCUCGAUUGUACAGAAAACUAAGACAACAGAACACACUAAAACUGAGAGACAGGUGCUAGAGGCCAUCAGACAGGCUCCAUUUCUAGUCAGCCUUCACUACGCCUUCCAGACAGAGGCCAAGCUGCAUCUUAUACUGGAUUACGUAAAUGGAGGAGAGUUGUUCACACAUUUGAAUCAACAUGAGCAGUUUACUGAGGAUCAAGUCCGAGUGUAUAUUGGAGAAAUUGUUCUGGCGUUAGAAAACCUCCACAAAUUGGGCAUUAUCUAUCGAGAUAUAAAACUUGAGAAUAUACUCUUGGACUCAGAGGGGCAUGUAGUGCUGACAGAUUUUGGCCUCAGUAAAGAAUUUCUGCCAUCAGAUAAGAACCACAGAGCCUAUUCAUUUUGUGGUACCAUAGAAUACAUGGCACCUGAAGUGGUAGAGGGUGGAAGUUCAGGACAUGACUUUGCAGUGGACUGGUGGUCCCUAGGAGUCCUUACUUAUGAAUUGUUAACUGGUGCUUCCCCAUUUACAGUUGAUGGAGAAAGAAACACACAGUCAGAAAUAUCUAAACGAAUUCUUAGGGCUCAGCCUCCCAUGCCUAGAGAGUUUUCUCCAGAAGUGAAAGACUUCAUUCAUAAGUUACUCACCAAAAACCCAGAAAAACGACUCGGUGCAAAAAGUGCUAAUGAAGUUAAAAAUCACAAAUUUUUCAAGGAUCUCAAUUGGAAGCAGUUAGCUGAGAGGAAAGUGCCUCCACCAUUUGUGCCAAAAAUCGCCCAUGAGCUAGAUGUUGGUAAUUUUGCUACUGAAUUCACAAACAUGGCUCCCCAAGACUCACCAGCAGCGAUUCCUAUGAAUGUGGAAAAAAUGUUUAAGGGUUAUUCCUAUGUUGCUCCGUCUGUCAUAUUCAGUGAGAACACCAUCAGUAAUAAUUUAUUAUGUCCUGACAGUUCAAAUCAACCAAAGGAUAUUCAAAUCAGAUAUGCUAGUCAUUUUAAGAAUUCUCUGUUUUUUCAACAAUAUGAGAUUGAUUUAUCUGAGAAACCAAUUGGAGAUGGGAGUUUUUCUAUAUGUCGGAAAUGUCUCCAUAAGGCUACUCAGAAGCAGUAUGCAGUGAAGAUAAUUUCCCGGCGAUUAGACUGCUCACAAGAAGUGAACCUUUUAGGGAAAUGUCAGGGUCAUCCAAACAUAGUCAAUUUGCAUGAUUACUUUGUAGAUGAGUUUCAUAGUUAUAUUGUACUGGAAUUACUAAGAGGAGGGGAGCUGUUAGACAGAAUUAGGAAAAAGAAGAGCUUCACUGAACCUGAGGCCAGUAAAAUUAUGCUCAAAUUAGUGAAUGCUGUGGACUUCAUGCAUUCUAAAGGAAUUGUCCAUCGAGAUCUCAAACCAGAGAACUUGCUGUUUGUUGAUGACACAGAAGAUGCCGAGAUAAAGAUUGUGGACUUUGGAUUUGCUCGACUGAAGCCAGAGAAGCAGCAGCUACAGACACCAUGUUUUUCCUGGCCCUAUGGGGCCCCUGAGGUCCUAAAACAGAUGACAGGAAGUAAAGAUGGAUAUGAUGAGGCCUGUGACCUUUGGAGUCUUGGGGUCAACCUUUACACUAUGUUAUCUGGAAAAGUUCCAUUCCAAACACGAGACAAGAGUGAUAGUGCUUCUUCAAUCAUGAAAAGAAUAAAAGAUGGACAGUUUGACUUCUCCUCAUCAGAGUGGAAUGAUGUGUCACAGAAGGCAAAGGAUCUCAUUCAAGGAUUAUUAACGGUUGAUGCCAGUAAAAGAAUGACAAUGGAGGAAGUCAAAAACAGUGAGUGGCUGACGGGAAAUGACAGUCAGGUUUUCUCUGUGACUCCACUCAGGACCCCGGGGGUAUUAAAUCAUAGUAACACCAUAGUUCAUUCACAACUCUCAGCGACCAUGGAUGCAUUCAAAAAAGCCACCAUGGAAGGGUUUCGACUGCAGGAUGUGGAAGGUGCCCCCUUGUACAAGAGACGAAAGGAAAAACGAAACUCAGGCGAGGGAAGAAAUAACUCGACAGAUUCGUCAAAUUCCAAUUCCAGUACAGGGGCAGGGACUCAGAACAGUGUAUCCUCACCGCUGUCUGUGCGUAACAUGUCAAAUAACUCAAGUACUUCUCACAGUUCUGCCUGUAGCAUGGGAUUCGUUCCAAAAAUACCUCAGGAUGCUAAUUUGAAUGACUCGGGUCAAUUUGAUGUCUUUGAGAGCAGCCAGAGUAUUAGUCCUCCCAAGUUUUCAGGUAGUCAAGUCAGCUCGGUCACACUGAGGUCUUCUUCAGGAGAUUCAGACUCUGAGGGCAAAACACACACUCCUCUUCCAAGGGGCACCAAGAGGGUUCACAGUGAAUUACUGGAGAGUGUGGAAUCUGACGAUGGCGAUAAUGAUGAGGAUGAGAUUGAAGAGGAUGAGGAUGAAGAUGAAAAUGGAGAUGAUAUCAUCGUGGUGUCAGAUGAUUCGGAUACUGAAAGUCCUCACAUGAAUGUUAAGAGAGCAAGGACAGACACUAUAGUGAUUCCAGAUGACUGAUGAAUGAAUGAGUUAAUCCUGUGAAUCAGAAUUAGAAUCAUUGUUUUGAGUGUAUAACUGGGCUGUGAUUUUAUUUUAUAGUAAAUUGAGCAGUUUGAAAAAAAUCA